GAGGUGAGAAGAAGGUAAUGUUUGAGAGAGAGAGAGAUUCAAAUCCCUAAGCCCUCUUUGAAACCCCAGGUAAGAAGAUGAUGAAGAGGCAGCAGCAGGCGUCGCACUACUGGUUGUUUGACAGUCGAAGCAACUCGAGAAGAUCUCCAUGGCUUCAGUCGACUCUGGCUGAGCUAGAGAAGAAUACGGAGGCCAUGCUAAAGCUCAUUCAGGAAGAUGCAGAUUCCUUUGCGCAACGUGCAGAGAUGUAUUACAAGAAGCGACCGCAGCUAAUUGGCAUGGUUGAAGAAUUUUAUCGAGCUCACAGGUCAUUGGCUGAGAGAUUUGAUCUAGUUAAGUCUGAUUCAGGAAGUCGCCUCUUGACAACAUUAGGGUCUCCAUUCUCAACCAAAUGCCAUUCAGAGAAGUCGAUGAGUGUAGUGGAUGAAACCUAUGAUAGCCUCUCCGAAACCUGUGAACCUGAGGAGUACACUGAGUCUGAAGUUGAUGAUCCUGACCUGGAGGAUGAAACCCCAGUUGAUAAAGUAACAGAAGAGAAGGUUUCAUGUGGAGUUAGUAAGGAUGAAGUGAGGAAGUUAAAGGAAGAAUUAGAGAGGCUUCAGGAGGAGAAUAGAAUUCAGAAGGAUCAGCUAAAGCAGAAAGAUGAUGAGAAGAGAGAGGUAAUAAGACAGUUGAGUGUAGCUGUGGAUGUUUACAAACAGGAAAAUGUGAGACUGAGGAAGUAUCUUGCCCGAGAAUCAGCAGAUAAUUCGAGUCCCUACUUUGAGUUUAACAAACUAAAGGGUACAUUUCUAGGGAAGUUGUUUAACAGGUCCCCAAAGUCUCAUGCUCCAAUUGUUGCACUCUAGGGGUGUAUUAACAUGCUUGCAAUUAGUAUAAGUUUUAGGCCACAGUUUAUAUAAAUGUCUAUAUCGGGGAAUUUCCCCUGUAAUUUAUAUUAGGAUUCUAGUAUUUCCCUUAAAGACUUGCUCAGAUUCCCUAUGUUGUUUGUGUGCUAUUCUGCAUUGAUUGUAACUCGAUUACAUUGGUAUAAAUAUAGUA